AUAAAAUUUUGUUGAAUUGUUUGCAAAUAAUUUAUACUAUUAGCAAUAGCCUGUGACUUCAGACUAGUAGAGUUCGAAAAACUUUCGAUUAAUACGUAUUAUAUAAUUUCAUUCAUCUUCCUCAAUUUGAUUGGUGUUUAGAAAAUCUAUAGCCAACUAAAAAUAUGCAUGAUUUUAAGCGUACAAACAAGAUAUCUGGUGUUCACUGGCUAAAAGAGCCUAUAGAUAAUUUAAGAAUAAGUGUAAAAAUGAAACCACACAAUGGAAUAUUGUCCUUACCAAAAUUUGAAAACUAUACAAAUGUGUCCAAUGGCAUUAACAGUGACUCGUUUGAACAAACCGAAGAGUACACAUUUAAAUGGCAAGAAAAAGCGUUCAGCUUAUGGGAAAUCCAACGAUAUUCAGAUGUUCACCAUUGUAUAACGGAUACAGAGCUCACUUACCACAAUAUGCUCAACGAUUUAGACUAUGAACCGGUCAAAGUAUUUACUUACGUGCACGAUGAUUACCACUUGCCAUUGCCUUUAAAUAAUGUAAAAAGUAAAAGGAAUAAAAUAAUGGAUUUAAGUACAUGUUUUGAGCGUUUAAAUUUGAAUGAUCGAAUUGAGAAAGCAUUGGUUAAGGAGUCAAGUUCUAUGGGACAUUUGUUCAGAAGUGAAGAGAAUUUAGAUGUUGAUAAUAAGGAGUGGAGAGCUAUGCAUAUUGCAUUUGAUAGUUCAGAUUACAAUGAGGACAGUCAACUAGUUUUCAAGCAGGAAGCGAUACUGGUGUCCGUGUACCACAACAUCACACACAACUACUUACUAGUCUCACCCGAUGAGAACCAGCUGGAAUUGAACCCUUACUGUGCUGAGACAAGCGCGGGAGUGCCUCUUGGUUACCACUACGCUAUAGGGCUGAGGUUUGAAGACGCAGGGGAUUCGGAGGAAUUAACUGUUCUGCUGAACAAACUGCACAAGAAAUGGGAGAAGAAACACAAGCAGCUGGUCAACUUCUGCAUGCCCUCGCUAGGGAGGAAGAUCUACCACCUCACCCUGGAAAUACUGACCGCUAAGGAGUUCGAAAUGGACGACUUAUACGUGGAAUAUACCAUCAAGAUUCCAGACGCAAUAAAAUGCACGGAGCCAGUCCACGGCCGCACGCAUGUCACCAGAGCGCUGAGGGUAGAAGAUACUGAGGAGUGGUGCUUUGGCCACAUCAUUGAGCUGCAUUUGGAGGCAGAUGCUGUUACAGGUAUAGAGCCAUCCCCCCUCCAAAUCUUCUUCGAAGUGAUAUCAACUGACUGGUGGGGCCGGCACCGCACCGAAGGGUACAGCUAUCUCGCUCUCCCCCUGCGUCCAGGGUCGCACAGCAAGCUGCUGUCCUGCUCCCGCCCUGACGAGUGGGAUAGGGUGGAGGCUGGCAGUCGCAGGUUUUUUGUGGGAGGGUGUAACUUGAUCAAGGACUUGGAUGUGUUGGCUAACCCGCAGUUACAGAACGCCAACUUCGUCUUCACGACAACCGGGAGCAUAUUCAUCCGCUGGCACACCCUCGCCCAAUCCCCGCUCCCAGGGUACUCUCUACCGGGGCCCACUGUUGGGCGCUCCGCGUCUGCUGUCUUACUAGGGGCGGAGGCAGUGCUGCGGCAGUACAGGAGGGCGCGGGCCCGGCUCGCUGCCGCCACCAGGGACCUGCGCCACGACGGCUCCGGGGACGCGCCGUCUUUGGAGGACUAACUGGAGCGUGGAUACUUGGAAGAUGACGAAAGAUUUAUGGCUUUCUAUAAAGCGUGUUUCAAAUGUAAAUAAA